AUGGCACAAAAAUCUGUCAAAGGUCGAGCCGUAACUGAUAUGCUAGCCGAAAGUUCAAAGCAAUCAGAAGGAUCUAAUGGAGUUGAGCUUAUGGAUGAACGCAUUCUUUUGAUUGCACAUGGCAAGUGGGUCAUGUAUUUUGAUGGCGCUGUCAAUCUAUCCGGUUCGGGCACUGGCGCAGUCCUCAUCUCCCUAAUGGGUCCACAUUAUCCCGUAGCAGCAAAGUUAGUUUUCCUGUGUACCAACAACAUCUCAGAAUAUGAAGCUUGUAUUCUUGGCUUACAACUUGCCAUUGAUAUGAAGGUUCAGAGGUUACAAGUCUAUGGUGAUUCUGCGCUCAUCAUUCUUCAAACCGAAGAUGAAUGGCAAAUGCGCGAUUCAAAAUUGAUUCCAUAUCACAAGUUCCUUGGAGAAUUGAUGGAAGAAUUCGAAAAGAUAUCUUUCGAGUAUCUACCAAGGUCUCAAAAUCAAUUUGCUGAUGCUUUGACAACUUUGUCAUCAAUGUUACAAGUCAUGGAUGGAUUGGACAUUGAUCCUCUCAAAAUUGAAAUUCUUGAAUGCCCGACCUACUGCAUGAUGAUUAAAGAGGAACCCGAUGGCGAACCAUGGUGUGUGGACGCCAAAGAAGCCAAUCAGUUGAUGAAAGAGAUACAUGAAGGAGAGUGUGGUCCACACAUGAAUGGCCACCUCUUGGCAAAGAAAAUCAUGAGACUUGGAUAUUACUGGUUGACAAUAGAGACAGAUUGCAUUCAACAUGUGCGAUAUUGCCAUCAAUGUCAAAUUUAUGAGGACAAGAUCAAUGCUCCUCCAAAUGAGUUACAACAAAUGUCCGAAGCAUGGCCUUUUUCUACGUGGGGCAUUGAUGUUAUCGAACCCAUCAAUCCUAAAGCUUCAAAUGGGCAUCGUUUCAUUUUGAUGGCCAUAGAUUACUUCACCAAAUGGAUCGAAGCAAAUUCAUACGCCAACGUCACAAAGAAUGUGACGAAAUUCAUCCAUCGUGAUAUCAUUGUUGACAUUUGA